ACGAGAGUUGAGAGUGGGUUGAGUCAACAAGCGGAGUAACGUUAGAGGCUGACUAGUGCAGUUGUUUGGCGCGAUGAGAGGAUGUAGCGGCCGGAUACGCGUCUCUGUACCGAACUAUGGUUAGCCCUCGACCUGGCUGGGUGCUGGUGGUGCCGCUGCUGCUGCUGUGGGUGAGCGGUGGAGGGACCGCGCAGCUUGUGGUGAACGUACGGAACCGCGGUGGGGAUGUGACUCAGGAGAGUAUCAUGGCUGAUACCGAGCAGGACAUCAUCACACUAGAGUUUCAGAAGUCCGACGGGACGCUGGUCACUAUGGUCAUCGACUUUAAAUCGGAAGUGCAGAUCUUCAAGGCACUGAUUCUGGGGGAGAUGGAGAGAGGACAGAGCCAGUACCAAGUCAUCUGCCAAAUCACAAAGUUCACCAAGAACGAAUUCAUCUCUUCAGACGCCAUGUCAAAACUCAGACAGAAAAAUCCAGGGACAAUCAGAAAUGCUGAGGAUGACAAGGGCCAGGAGCACCUGGUGAUGGACAUGGGAGUGGACCUGGACAAGUCUGCAGCCAUCAGCAGGCAUAUCUACAACAUCUGCGCAGAGGCAGGCGCAGCCACGUACACACGUGAGGUGGACCUCAAGUAUUUAGCCAAAGGAAACAAUAAAACCCUGACCACCCUGCUUCAGGCGACCAGGAGACUUUCCCCCAGCAGAGCCGUCAGGUGUAUGGACAGUAGUGACUGGUUAAAGCCCUGCACGUGCCAGCUGGAAAUCUGCAUCGGCUGGUACCCCUGCGGCCUGAAGUACUGCCGAGGAAAGGACGGGAACGGGAAAGUAAUCAACUAUCGCUGCGGGAUCAAAACUUGCCGCAAGUGUCGCCAAUUUGACUACCACGUUAAGCAGAAGCAGCUGUGCGUGUGGGAUGAAAUGUGGCAGUGACAGUCGGUCUUCCCCCUCCAAAGCUGUAAUUUGGACAAAGCCAGCAAUACGCAGCUUUUGUGGGCACUUGAGUCGUCCUGAGAGCUCUGGAAAGGUGCACACCUUCCCCUAAUCAGGUCCAGAAAGCCUGCCUGCUUAGACGGCAGCCUUUCAUUGGUUAUCACCUCCCUUCCAUGAAGGGUUUGGUUUUUAUCUUCUUUUCUUUUUAAAUCUCAGAGAGAAUAUGACCUUGAUUUUAUGUCAGACUUGUUUUUAAAACUGAAUGUUGUGUGACCGUGAAGGUUAAACCAUGGCAUUCCCACAGCACGCACCUGGCUAUUAGGUUGCGCCCAGCUGAGUGUACAGUCCCAGGUCACUCCUGGAGGUUUACACAAACCAGAUUGAGUCCUGUGCCCUUUUGUUUCUCACUAGUAUCUGGAACGGGGAGCUAACUAAAACCUCAACCUUGGAUUUCUGUUCGGAUACACCAACACUUUAUACAAACUGAAG